CCGUGGGCCUUGUUGUUCGGUGGCUGCCGAGCCCUACUAUUGUCGGCCGCUUCUGACCUCUCUCUCUUUUUCUUCCCCCUGACUGGCGGCGGGAGCUCUCUCGUCUGCAGCUGCAACCUCCUCCGACCCUGCUGUGUCAUAUCGUGACCCAGAACAGGGAAAGGUUUCGUUAAGGAUAGGAGGAAGACGAUGAGGUUAGAGAAGUGCUGGUUCUGUUCCUCCACUAUAUAUCCCGGCCACGGGAUUCAAUUCGUUCGCAAUGAUGCCAAGAUCUUCAGGUUCUGUAGAUCAAAGUGCCACAAGAACUUCAAGAUGAAGAGGAAUCCUCGUAAGGUGAAAUGGACUAAGGCGUAUAGACGGUUACAUGGAAAGGACAUGACUCAGGAUUCGACCUUUGAGUUUGAGAGGAAGCGAAACAGGCCCGAGAGAUACGACAGGAACCUCGCAGAGAACACAUUGAGGGCCAUCAAGAAGAUAGAUAAAGUUAGAGUCGAGAGGGAGGCUAGACACCACGCCCUGAGAAUGAAGGGAAAGAAAGCCAAGGAACACAAGGAGGCGCAGAAGGAGUUGGAGCAGAGCAUCCAUCUCAUCAAGGCGCCGGCCGUUCUCCAACAAGACCCCUCCCUCACUCUACCAAAGAUCCAAGUCAAGGUCUCUCAGCAGCAGUCCGAGGAGAACCAUGCCAUGGAAGAGUGAUGAUAUCCAUCCACCAAUCACUAGACUACCGUCACAUACAGUUGUGUCAUCUUGUCAUCGUCGUACUGAUCUUCUGUGUUUUUGGUGAUUGUUGCCGGCACUCUGGCUCAAAUGGAGUUGGAGAUGAGUUCGGUUGGAAAGUUUUGGGGUAUAACUAUAUCUAUUUUGUGGUACAUAUACCUAAUGGUAUCUCGAUUGAUCCUUCUGUAAGCUUGAGCUGUAUGGUCGCGAGUGGCAUCGACUUUGCCUAUAAAUUCUGCCUGAACUUGGAUAAGCACUAGACGCAUAACCAUCA